AAUGGAUACUAUAUUUGAAAAGCAAUCAACUGAUAAGACGGGUAGAGGGGAUACGGAUGAUAUUGACAGAUCAACUGAAGUUGUGCGUCAUGGAAAAACUUCAAUAAUAGACAAGGGUAGAACUGAGCCAAACUUAGCAAAUAACAUUGCUAAGGCUAAGGUAUCUGUUCGACGUGAUUUGUGUAGAAGAGAUGCUAUGGGUAGAAAGAUCGAUGAGCUAGAAAGACCUUUAACUAAUCAAGCGAAAAGUACACCAGGGCCAGCUAAUUAUAUAGAUAAGUACUCUGUCUUGUAUCCUCACGUAUCUACGCCCUCAAUGAUUGAACCUUUUAACCUCGGUAAGGAGUAUGGGAAGAAGAUGCACUUUCCCUUAUAUAACGUAAGAAAACAGAUGUUAUGGGUUAGCAAGAGGUUUACUCUUAAAGGAAGAGAUUUUACUAAAGAAAAUAAAACCUAUCCUGUUGGUCCGGCCGAUUACUUUGUAAAAUAUUAUCCCAAGACGAUUGGUCCCACUUUAUCAGGCCGUUCCAAGUCGAUUGCUACAUUUAAUAUUUCCCCAGGACCUAAAUAUAAUAUUAGAAAUAGUAAAGGAAACGGACCUUCAUUUACGUUAACUGGAAAACAGAAAUUUUCAGUAAAUUGCCUUGAUUAUCCUUCUCCUGCUCAUUAUGAAAUAAAAGAAAGCAAACGUAUUAAGGGAGGCUUAUUAUCUCGGCGGCUCAACAAUAAGAUGUUAGGGGAAAAUUGUUCGCCAGGUCCUAUAUAUAAACCAAAUGUUCCCACGCUUAAAAGAGUCCCCACAAUCAAAGGAGGUUAUAAAUCUCCUUAUACGCAUUCAUCUCGCUCUCCAGGUCCCCAAGCCUAUUACGUAAGAUAUUAUAAGGGCGAAAGAGCCGCUUCCUAUAGCUUAACGCCUAAGCCAUUCCCAGAAACAUAUAAAGAUAAAUUUCCUGGUCCAGCAAAUUAUGGUCAAAAGGAAGCUAAGAGAAAAAAUCUUGGACCUACCUUAAAGGGAAAAUUCAAAGAAAUAAAGUCGACUAUCUUAAAACCUGGUCCUGCAGAUUACAAUAUUAAUGAAAAUUCGAUCGGUCGUUCGGCUAUAAUAACUAAUAGGCUUAAAGGAAUAAAUGAAAUAAACUCGAAUCCUUCGCCAAACUUGUACGAAAUCGAUACAACAUUAGGUAAUGGACCAGCUUUUUCAAUAGGUUCCAAACGGUCUUUGAACAGAGAAAAAGUAGAUGGACCAGGACCAGCAUCCUACUAUCCAAAACAAAUAGGAUCAAUGAAAAAGAUAACGUUAAAGAGCAGACAAACAAGUAUUUUAAAUAUGUUAAACUGUUCCCCAGGGCCAAUCUAUUAUCCAAAAGAUAUUGGUUAUUCCAAAAACAUUAUUGGCGCUAGUCUAAGUAGUAGACAUUCCCCUUGGGUUUAUUCUCCCAUAAAGCGAUUUUAA